GAGAAUAGAGUCAGUCUGGAGGGAACUAACAAUUGCCUUAAAAUUUUCCCCAGAGAGGAAGGAAAAUUUGAAUUGCUAGAUUGGAAGGUCCCACCAAGUGCACAGCAAAAUAAAUAAACUGGGCCCAUCUUAAGGACACAUUGUGACAUUUUAGAAUAUCAGGGGUAAAGAUAAGAUUUUAUGAGCUUUUUAAGAAUGGAGACAUGGGGAAGGAGGGAUGGAACUGGGGUCAGAAUAUCAUCAGACUUCCCAACAGCAGGCUGAAGGCCGGAAAGCAAUGUAGCAAUGCGUCAGAAAUUUGGAGGUAAAAUGCUGUGCAGCUCAUUCCAGACCCUGCCAAACUGUCAAUUAAAUGGAACGAUAAAGACUUCAGGACAUGCAAGAAGCCAAAAUGUAUGUAUUCCAUUUUGGAAAACUAUUGGACAAUUUGCUUCAUCAAAAUAAGGGAGUAAACCAUGAAGUAGGAAGACAUUGGGGUCCGACACAAAGGAUAUUAUUGGCAAAGAGAUCUCUCGGAGAAGAUAGCAGUGUGGCAUGCGGGAGAACGGUGUGUCCAAAACGUGGCUGAUAAACAGUGGUAUCAAUACAUGAGUAUAAUGAAAGAGCAGGGUGGUACAGUGCCAGCCCGGAUGAAUGCCUCUAAGUGUGAUUAUGCUUUAGAAAAGCCAGGUGUAUAAAAACUUUAUGUGGCAGUCUCAUUUACAUCAUGGCACAUUUGGGACCUGAAAGGAAACAUCUCUCCAGCUUUGUUGCUGACGUGGCCCAAACAACAGCACCAAAACUCACAUACUCCUUGAAGAUUCAGAUUUUGUACUUUACAACGUUUCUUCAUCAAAAGAAACCAGGAGAGGGGCUGAUACCUCAGGUCUUUGGACUGGAAAAAAAAAUCAAAAUGGAUUGGCUCACCAUCAUGGAUACUCUUUCAGAGGCAAAUGGCACCUUUGCCUUAAGUCUUCUGAAAAAGCUGGGUGAAGACAACUCGAAAAAUGUGUUUUUCUCACCCAUGAGCAUCUCUUCUGCCCUGUCCAUGGUCUUCAUGGGCGCAAAGGGAAACACAGCAGCCCAGAUGUCCCAGACACUUUCUUUAAGUAAAAGCGGUGGAGGAGGCGAUGUCCACCAGGGGUUCCAGUCACUUCUUACAGAAGUCAACAGGACCGAUGCUGCGUACUUGCUUAGAACCGCCAACAGGCUCUUUGGAGACAAGUCUUAUGAAUUCCUCUCAUCUUUCAAAGACUCCUGCCGUAAGUUCUACCAAGCAGAGAUGGAAGAGCUCGACUUUAAUAACGCUACGGAAGAGUCCAGGGCACACAUCAACACCUGGGUGGCCGAAAAGACAGACGGUAAAAUUACAGAGUUGCUAUCUCCAGGUUCAGUUGAUCCAAUGACGAAUCUGAUUCUCGUGAAUGCCAUCUAUUUCAAAGGAAACUGGGAUAAUCAGUUUAACAAAACGCAGACCAUGGAAAGACCAUUUAAAGUCAGCAAGAACGAGGAGAAGCCUGUGCAGAUGAUGUUUAAGAAAUCUACCUUUCAAAUGACCUAUAUAGGAGAAAUAUUCACCCAAAUUCUGGUGCUUCCCUAUGUGGGCAAAGAGCUGAACAUGAUCAUCAUGCUUCCAGAUGAAAACACGGAUUUGAGGACGGUGGAGAAAGAACUCACUUAUGAGAAAUUCACAGAGUGGACGAGGCCAGACAUGCUGGAUGAAGAAGAGGCGGAAGUGUUCCUCCCUAGAUUUAAACUGGAGGAGAAUUACGACAUGGAGAGUGUCCUUUGCACUCUGGGCAUGACCGAUGCCUUCGAGCAGGCCAAGGCAGACUUUUCUGGAAUAUCGUCCAGGAAAGACCUGUAUCUGUCCAGGGUGGUGCACAAGGCCUUCGUGGAGGUCAACGAGGAAGGCACGGAGGCCGCAGCCGCCACGGCGGCCAUCAUGAUGUUGCGGUGUGUGAGAAUCAUGCCCCGGUUCUGUGCCGACCACCCCUUCCUCUUCUUCAUCCAGCACAGCAAGACCAACAGCAUCCUGUUCUGUGGCCGCUUCUCCUCCCCAUGAGGUCAUGGUCGGCCCCGUAGGAGUCCUCGUCUCUCCUACUGGCCCACUUCUCCUGACUCUUCACAGUGUGCCUACAGUGCAAAGUGAGCUUGGGUGACAGUCCUAAAAUAAAAGGCCCAGUUUUGAAACCCCA